UAAUUCUUCAUUUUACGAUUUUCCCCAGCAACAAUUUAUCUCAGCUCAACUAUUGGUACCAAUCACUGGUUCUGGAAAUUGACUAUUGUUAUAGUUGAUGAGGCUGAAAAUAUUUUGGCAAAAUAGCAAUUAAAAGUCAAUUAGUUUUUGUCUUUUGACAAUCGACUAGCAUAUUCGAAAGCUCUAAUCGCCUCAAUUUUGAACCCCAUUACCAUUACCAUUUUUUAAACAAUGCAUUUGGUGCGCAAUGUUACCUCAAUGAUCAUAUACCAAACACUCAAAUCCUAAUUGGUUCAGUAGAAGUUUUAUAUUUGAUUUAAAAAAGUUUAGUUCAAGCAAAUUUGUCAAGCUGCCAAGUCGAACCGAAAUUUUCAUCCACGAAGAGCUUUAUCGAGAAGUCUCUUCUUAAUCUUUAUAUCGCCCUGUAAUUCUAAAAUCAAAUACUCCUCUUAGUGGUGUGCCACUUUGCUCAAAUCUAUAAGGACUUUGAUAUUCAGCUAUAUACUUCGUUUUUCUGCUGAAAUUAUCUUCGAACCCAAAUAGUUGGCCCCAAAACUCCGAAUGCUUUAGUAUUCUGAACUAUAAUCAAGCAAUAGCAAAUAUAAUUGAGUUCGCAAAACCUUUUAGUUUUUGCGUUAAUUAUAAAGACCUUUAUGCCCCUUAAUCUCCUGUCAUCUUCACUUUAUUGACAGAGAGACAUUUUAACGUUUUAAUUUUACUCCUACAAAUUCAAAACUUGAGCUUUUAGGAACUAGUUAAUUACUAGUUAAUAAUUUAUUAGAUUUAAUCGGUUUAUAAUCAAAAUCUUGGUUUGUGCCAUCAUCAUGUCUGACGACGAAUCGGCUGCUCGGUUUGGGAUCAUGGACUACGUGGUGUUCUCAUGUCUGCUUCUCGUGUCGGCUCUGAUCGGACUGUACUACGGGUGUUCGGGGGGCAAACAAAAGACCCAGGGCGAAUGGCUGGCCGGAAACCGGGAUCUGGACUGGCUCCCGACUUCUCUCUCCCUCCUCGCCAGUUUCAUCUCGGCCAUUACACUACUCGGAACUCCAUCAGAACUGUACACAGCAGGAUCUAUGUACUUCUACCUGGCCAUGACCUACUUUGUCGUCAUCCCUGUGACCGCCUGCUUCUUCAUGCCCGUGUUCCGAAGAGCCAACAGCCUCUCAGCCUUCAUGUACAUCGAGAGACGCUUCAACAAAACCGUCUCACUGAUAGCUUGUUCUCUCUACAUUGUCCAGAUGGUCCUCUACAUGGGGAUUGUACUCUAUUCGCCUGCAUUGGCGCUUAAUGCUGUAACUGGACUUUCACUCGAGGGUUCCAUAGUUGCAGUCAGUCUUGUAUGUAUUUUCUACACAGUAGUCGGAGGCAUGAAGGCCAUAAUAUGGACAGACGCUCUUCAGACCAUGGUCAUGAUUCUCGGCAUGAUUAUUAUUUCGAUCGCUGGAACCUAUAAGGUCGGCGGCAUAUCGGCUGUCUACGAGAUCACGAAGAAAGGUUACCAUCUAGAGUUCGACAACUUCUCCUUAGAUCCGAGAGUUCGACACUCGGGAACUGACUUGAUGAUCGGAGGUAUUUUCACCUGGUUGUCAAUUUAUGCCGCCAAUCAAGCCCAGGUGCAAAGAUACAUCAGUGUGGGGACCAAAAGAGACGCACAAAAGGCCAUAUUCUUGAAUUUGCCUGGUCUGAUCUUUCUCAUGUUGAUCUCUGGUUACUGUGGAUUGCUUGCAUACACAAAGUACGCUCUGUGCGAUCCAAUCAAAUCGGGAAUCAUUCAAAAACCAGAUCAAAUUUUGCCAUAUUUUGUGACUGAUACAUUUGCAACAUGGCCUGGUUUUGGAGGCCUUUUUGUAUCAUCAAUUUUCAGCGGGUCUUUGAGCACCAUUUCAUCAGGUGUAAACGCAUUAGCUGCUGUAGUUUUGACUAACUUGAUUCCCGAACAGUACCUCGGCCAAGAAGUCAGAGCGAAACUGGGUAAACUGAUUGCAGUGGUAUUCGGCCUGUUAGCUCUUGGGUUCGCUUUCAUUUGCAAGUACCUGGAUUCAGUUCUGCAGCUGGCUCUUUCCUUAUUUGGACUAUUGGCCGGACCUCUGCUCGGCCUGUUCACACUUGGAAUGGCGUCGAGGAGAAGCAAUGGGAUCGGAGCAACUGUCGGCUAUAUUACCAGUCUUCUUAUACAAGUGCUUAUCUACUGGGGAUCUCAGACAGUGGAUUAUUCGGCUUCUAAACUCAUCCUCUACGACUCCAACUGCACCGCCACGUCUCGGGCGCCAUUGGACCAAAUUCUCCACCAAUUAGAUUUCAAUCAGAACACUUUCGGAUACAAAACAGACACUUCCGACACUUCGGAAUUCAACAUCAUGGAAAAUUCCGUGUUUCGAUUGUCUUAUAUGUGGUAUGGCUGUAUCGGUUUCACAUGGACUGUGGUAGUUGGAUAUCUUGUAAGUUUAAUCGUUCGGGUCGUGAACAAAUCCGAGAAAGAAACGAGCCCUGACGAGGAUUUGCUUUUCCACUUCCAUGAUAUUUUCCCGUCGAGUGGCGACAGCAGACUUUCACUGGAACUAGCUCUUGGUGAUGCGAAUUGCUAAAUUAAUUGUUUGCUCAUUUUAAAACUUCUAUGAAUAUUUGUGCACCAAUAUUGUAAAACUGAUCGUUUUGUGAUUUUUUACACUCCAUCUACUUGUGAUUAUUAAAUAAGUUAUUUCGUUAUUAAAGACCUCCAACC